CAGCUUUUCCCAACUCGACCCCGAAACACAACGACCUUCUUCCGAACGUAAAGCGACAGACUCAUCUGCCACCUUCAGAUAUGUCCUUCCCGACUCGAUCACUCUCGACUCGACUCCCGGGCGCGGGGUCGCAAAACGCUUCCGCGGGCCCGUCGCCCAUGCUGGUAGCGCGCAUCGCAGAAAAGAAGGCAGAGCUGGAGCACUUGAAGGAUCUGCGCGAUCUCAGUGCUGCCGUCGCAGGCCAGAUGGAAGCACUGGAGCAGAAGCUGUCAACGCUUUCUGAUGGCACAGAAGCGAUUGCCAUGGUUAUUAGCAACUGGCAUAACGUACUGCGCGCUAUCAACAUGGCAUCCGCCCAACUUGCCAAGCCGCCUCCGCAAGAAGAAUCGUUGGAAUCGGAGGGACCCAGCAUGUCUCUGCCGCAGACACUGGUUCGCAUUCCGACAGAACACGCUCCGACGCUCCAGGCACAAGCCGAAAACGCAGCAGAGAAUGCAGAGAGCAGCAUGACUACGCCAUGAUAACAGUUCACGAGCGACGGGUCUUUGGCCCGAAAAGCAAAAUAUCCCUUAUGAAGCCGCAGCUUUCAAACCGGAGGUACUUUUGGUCGCUGACCACGUCAGCGCAUGUGCUGCAGCAUGCACGACCAGGCUUCUGGAGGUGCCUACACAAUAUGGUAGAUGCACAAAGAGAAGCCACCAUUGGCUAAUGGGCCAGAACGAUACAGAAGGAAUCUAAGGUAGCCUUGGAAGCUCGCUCACGUUGGAACCGUUGUCGGCAGCUACCAGUUUGUGGCAUGCCCAAGUGUUGGACGGAAAGCUACACCUCUUAGC